AAGAAGUCCAAGCCAAGUAUAAAGAAAAGUUAACCCAAGAAUUUGCCACUAAAACUCAACCAGUAAUUACUGAUUUAAAAGAGCAAAUUACUCAAAAAGAACAGGAAUUAAAAGAGUUAACCGAAACUAGCCAGCAAAUAACUAAUUCCAAAA